AUGGAGCUCUCUUUGGUGUACUUUCUGUGUAUACUCUCCUUAGCCUCAGCCUCCUUCAACUUUGGAUUCUCGUCGUCUCCCGUUUUACUACCGCGAGCGAAGAAUCCUACGAGCAAAGACGGCAACUGUGGUUCUAAUUCGGAGACGAAUGCGACAUGCCUCACAUCCACUUUCGGUAACUGCUGCUCCGAGAAAGGAUUCUGCGGAAAGACGAGUGCCUAUUGUUCGGAAGGUUGUCAAUCAGCCUUUGGUAGUUGCUCGUCGAGUGAUGAUGGACAGCUUGUGAGCACGUCGGGAUCAUGCGGUGCGACGUCGACUAGCAACAUCACUUGCGAGGGCAGCUCGUAUGGAGACUGUUGCUCUGAGAAGGGGUACUGUGGCAAGAAUGCAACAUAUUGUGGUGCUGGGUGCCAAAGCAUGUUCGGUAGCUGUUCAUCCAGUGACGAGUCCUCCACCACAACCGCGACAUCUGACAAGACUUCAACCUCGACGUCGGCCGCGUCAACGAGCCUCGGUGCUAUAUCUAUCGAUGGAAACUGCGGCUCCAACUCAGACACCAACGCUACUUGCCAAGACAGCGAGUUUGGCGAUUGCUGUUCGGCAAAGGGUUACUGUGGCAAGACCUCUGCUUACUGCAGCACUGGCUGCCAAAGCGACUUCGGUUCCUGCGAUUCGACUAGCGAUUUAACAACCUCAUCUGCGUCCGACUCAGCGUCCUCCUCAACAUCCUCCUCCAAAUCCUCCUCAUCGACCCCAUCAUCAACAACGUCGACAGCCGGCCUCAGCACCGGUGCCAAGGCCGGAAUCGCCGUCGGAUCUGUGAUUGGAGGCCUCGGAGCAUUAGGGCUUGUGGGUUUUCUUGUGCUGCGCGGGAAAAAGAGAAAGUCUUCGCAGCAAUUGGAGGAUAGCGAUGCGGGAAAGACAAAUGAAGAGACGAGAUAUGAGUUGCAUGACGAGAGGACACAUGAGAUGCAUGCGCAGAAUCUGGUCGAGUUGCCUGCUGAUUAUGGUAGGGUUGAUGAUCGGGCUGCGGCAGGGUAUGAUGGCGCAUACAGAGGACACUAA